AUGCUCAAGACGACCAUGGACGAAAGCACCAACACCAGCGGAGGGCUGCACCCAGAUACAGUGCCGUCUCCACCGCAGGACUGCGAGUUUCGCAGCGUCGUGGCGCCGACAACGGUGCGGCCCACCCAAUGGACUCAAAUAGCGCCGGCUCACAUCAUCAAGGAUGCUUUCCGGCUGCACACGCUGCUGGCCAUCGGCGCCGGCCUGCAGCUUGCCGUUUCUGCGGCUGUCCCGAUGCCCUACUGCGUGAUCCCGGCCGGUGCUCUGCUCGUCCUCGCCGCGGCCGUCACGCUCGUCCAGAUUCUGCUGCCGACGCGGCACGGCAUGCGCGCGGGCGUCCUCCCCGGACGCACCACGGCCCAUAUGCCCACGCCACACGGCCGCUACGCACCAACCAUGCCACCCCAGGAGAGCGUCGUCGUCUUCCACUUUGGCGCCCGCUUCAACCACCCGCUCGGCGUGUUGGCGCCCGGCGCGCAGGCCAUGACGCGCCAUUUUCGGGCGACGCUCGCCGCCCUCGAACGCGAGCGGACCGUCUAUGGGCUGCUGGGCGGCGACCUGUUCCGGGGCGGCGCGGCGGCGCGCACGUCGCACGACACCCUCUUUUUGGUGCUGUACUUUCGCGACGUCCACGGCCUGCAGCGGUUCGCGGCGAGUGCCGUGCACCGGGAGGCGCUGGCGUGGCUCACGGGGAGGACGGCGACGGUGGCGGGGGACAGCCGCAGAAGCAGCAGCAGCGGCCGCUAUCCCCACCUGAGCGCCUUUCACGAGACAUUUGUGGUGCCGGCCGGCCACUACGAGUCGCUCUACAUAAACACAGCGCCCAUUCUACUGGGCAACACGCACACGGAGAAAACGGGAGAGGCGGGAGAGGCGGGAGAGGCGGGAGAGGCGGGAGAGGCGGGAGAGGCGGGAGAGGCGGGAGAGGGCGAGGACAGCCAAAGGGCAGACAAGGUCUGGUUCAGCUCGCUGGUCGACGCCGACGACGAGAGGCUGCGCAGUAUGACGGCCCGGUUGAAACGGAGUCUGUGA